UUCUCCUUGGACAAAUCCUGAAGAAAACUCCAGCUAGUUGGUGAGGGAGCGAUGGUGAAGGAAUCAACAUCAGGAAGUGCUUGCUUUCUCAGGAUCUGCUAGAGAGCCGAUGAAAAUGCUUAUUAACAGAAGCAGACUGUCCGCUCCUAACCUAAGACACUGACCACUCUGUUUGAAUCAGGCUUUCGAGUUCCUUCCUUCUGGCUGUUCUUGGAGACAGGAAUGUUUCUGGAGAAGAAUUUUCUGGUAGUUCAUGGAGCUUCCAUUCACCAACCUGGAAACUGCCUUCAUUUUACUCGCUUUUGUUAUUUUUUCCUUAUUUACUCUCGCAUCCAUCUAUACUACUCCUGAUGAGAAGAAUGAAGGUAAGGAAGGAAGGAAGGAAGGAAGGAAGGAAGGAAGGAAGGAAGGGGAAGGG